AUAUUACGAACUUUUUCUAUAUAAUGGUCCUAUUUUUGGAGACGAGCCAAACCAGCGGCCUGCCAUUGCCAAGCACUAAAGCUGCAGUAACCAAUGCUUGUACUGAGCCAAGCUUCCAGCGGAGCUCUCUCGGCCAAGAGAGCUUCUACCUUCUCGUCUUCUCCAAUAUUUACCCACGGCAAUCCCUCCCUCUUCUCCAAACGCAAACCCACGUUCGUCCGCAAAACCCGUAGAAAAACCCUUCUUGCAAUCUCUAGCGCCGAGGGAGGCGUAGAUUCAGGUUCUACAACCAAGCAGCCUCCUGCUUCUCCUCCGUUCGGUAACGACGAAACUGUUUUCGUUGGCCAAGAAAAUGUUCCUUUGGAAGGCGUCAUUCAGUUCGACAAACCCAGUUCAUCUUCGCGACUAAACAAAUGGGGACGUGUGGCGUUGCUGGCCGGAGGGGAUGUGUUGGCGUUGGUUUUGUUCUCUGCAGUUGGAAGAUUAAGCCAUGGCUUCCCUGUCUUUGACAUUGAAACCCUGCGAACAGCUGAUCCCUUUAUUGCUGGGUGGUUUUUGAGUGCUUACUUUCUUGGGGGUUAUGGGGAGGAUGGCCGAGGAAUAAAUGGCUUCUAUAAGGCUAUUGUUGCUGCUGUCAAAUCAUGGUCUGUGGGAAUUCCGUUGGGAUUAAUUAUAAGGGCAGCAACAUCGGGUCACGUUCCUCCAUCGAACUUUAUAUUUGUAACCAUGGGAAGUACAGCUGUCUCACUUAUUGGAUGUAGAGCGCUGUUGUUCCGAAUUAUUCCUAAUGACAAGAAUAAAAAGAAUGAUGUAUACAGACGUGGCAGCCCAUUUGAACUGUUCGAGAUCACACGUAUACUGGAUCAUUAAGACAAUCGUCACAGGUACAGUCAAUGUAUUUAUCAGCUAAUACCCAGACUGGAGCAGAGGGUGACUGAGGAAGAAAAAUGAACUUAGUUUAUGUCAACCAUUCUGAUUCAUGUUUGCUUGAUCUGAAAGUUCUGUUCCGCUUCACCCUUUUCUUGUUAAUCCAAUGAGAGCAAUGACAGCCAGACCGACAUUGACAACAACUUCUAAAACUCUGUUUAUUUUUAUUUUAUUUUAUUUUAUUUUUUAAAUUAAUCUGUUGAUGCUACUUUCUUGUUGUAUUUGGGGAAUCUUUCCAUGUACAUUCAUGGGCAUUUGGGUCAACCUUCGUCAAUAUACAACCAAAUUGGGCGAAUUCCUAAUUAAAAAUAUUGUUUAUUGUUGCAGUUACUCAU